AUGGUCCGUCCAUAUUCCAGCUGGCAUGGAAUUUCCGUUAUCUCCGCCACAGAUCGGACAACUAUGUUCUCAAUGCCUUCAGAUACUACCGACAGCCAGUCGGUUAGACAGUCAACAGGGUUACUGUCUACUGAACAGGCAUUUAUUCAGAAAACGUCAAAGAUAUAUUGCCAUAGCAGUCUCACAUUCGUUAUGCAGUCCGAGGAUGCAGGUCUGGGUACCACUCUGAUGAACUUGUGGAUAAGCUACGGGCUUGCACAAAAACAAGGACGCAGCUUUUUCAUUGACGAUACCAAUUGGGCUUAUGGUAGAUUCUCGAAAUAUUUCAGACCGCCUCCAAAGCCGACUUGUCGCCAACCUCCCCCAAAAUUGAGACUUCCUUGUCCCCUUCAAGCACGACAUCUCAUUGUGUCUUCCUCCAAUGCACACUGGAUUUUUGGUGAUAGCUUCAAGGAGUAUUUCAAAAGUCCUUUUGCCGUGAGUGAAACCCGGCAGAGGGAGAUAUUCGAUAUGGCUCGUAGUGGCUAUGGUGCCCUUUUCAACCUCAUCGGGGAUGAUGCUUCUUAUCUCCAGCGACGUAUCCAAGGACUGAACAGAGAUGUACGGUCUAAAGGUGGUGUCGCGAUUGGCAUCCACGUUCGCCACGGCGACUCGCAUCCUCUUGAUCCUCAAUAUAAAGACUCCUAUAUCCCUCUUGAUAGGUACGCGAAGCGAGUCAGCACAGUCUUCCAUGCUCACCUACAGCAAGCGCGUGGGGAUACCGCAUUGUCCCAGUCAAUGGCACAACAUUCGAAGGUCAUGUUAGCAUCAGAUGAUCCGGAAGUAUAUACUUCCUUCGAGCUGGGCGGAGCAGAGAGAGCUCAAAGUUACAUUGCUUUGGCAAACAAGGCAGCGCUGGAUGCUGCGACUGACAAGUCCCAGGGGAGUCUCUUGAACGAGAAUGUCGGCUGGGAAGGCGGUUUCUAUCAGGAUAUGUUUUGGUCUCUCGGUGUUGAAGCAAGUGACUAUUCUGAACUUGGGGGUCCAUUUCCGUCCAACCAGGGACCAACUAAGCCGAAGACAUUGAGUGUUGAAAGCGUUGCCGAACAGCGUCGCCUGCGCCCUUCUGAGGAGUCGCUGAAGCUUCGGGAAUGGGUUGGUCGUGCAUACCUCCUUGACUUGGCAGUUUUGGGUCAAAGUGACCGAGUUAUAUGUGGUGUGAGUAGUGCAUCAUGCCGGCUUCUAGCUGUGAUGAUGGGCUGGAAUAAAGCCAUCAGACAUAAGUCAUGGCAAAACAUUGACGGGAACUGGCACUGGUCGUUUAUCGUGCCUUAG